CCGAUCGGUUGGACAGUGCGGUUCGUUUUUGAUUUCGGCUUCAAGCGAGAGCCACGGAAAAAGUAAAAUAUAUAAAAAAAAAACGCCGGAACUGCUGCCUAAACCUGUUUUGGCCAAGUGAAUACAACAACAAUAACAGCGAAAACGCAUGCAAGUGACGAAACGACCUUAAGCAAAAGCAAGAAAAAAUUAAAAAUAAUUCACUUGGCUCUCAAUUAAAAAUAUUUUACAUAUAUAUUUGGAAACCGCAGGAGGUUCAGUGACGCACAAGACCAGUGAAAACCCCAAAAUGCAAAAUGCUGCUGCGUGAAUAAGCGGGCAAGAUAAUAUCGAUUCAAGUAUUGAAAAAAAUCAAACGUGGCUUAGGAAGUGGGAGUGGAGGAAACAAGACCGGGCCAAAAGAGAAAGAGAUACAAUGACAUUGAGCAACAAAAACAAAGGAGGCGGCAGCAAUGUUCUUUGUCUGCGAUUGCAGCGGCAAUUAUUGCUGGUUGUUGUAACGCUUUUCCUGCUUUUGCCCGCCGCCCUGGCCCAGGGCGAAGAGGAGGAGGAAGGGCCGUAUCGCGGAAAAUACCUGGGAAAACUCAACUCGUACCAUCAUCAGGUGUCCGGCGAUGUGUACGCCGUAAAUGAGUACACCUUCUUGAUUGUGGGCUUCAACUAUGACGGCAACGGGGCGGAUACGUUCUUUUGGUCGGGCGCCAGCAAUCGUCCUGGUCCUCAGGGAUUUAUUGUGCCCGAUGAAUUUGGCAAAACUAACAUCCUGGAUCGCUAUCACAACAAGGACUUCACACUGUCUCUGCCGGAUCGAAAAAAGAUAACGGAAAUCAAAUGGCUGGCGGUCUACGACCUGAGCAGUCAGAACAACUUUGGGGAUGUCUAUAUUCCCGAGGAAUUCGAACCACCGAUGGCCCAGUUGGGCGGAACCUUCUCCAAGCGCAGCCACAAUGUGAGCAGCAGCAGCAUCGAGAUCCUGGACUCGAAGACCAUUCGCAUCAAGGACUUUACCUACGACGGGCGUGGCAAGCGCACCUUUUUCUGGACGGGAGUGGGCGCACAGCCUUCAAGUCGAGGAAGCAAGCUGCCCGAUGAGCGGGGAUACCUCGAUCCGAUUAGGAAAUACAACAAGGAGACUAUUGAACUGGAGCUGCCGGGUGAUAAGACCAUCUUUGACAUCGAUUGGAUUAGUGUUUACGAUGUGGCCGAUAAUGAGAACUACGGCCAUGUCCUGAUCAACGAUGGAUUGAAUGUUCCACCCUCCCUGGUGAAAGUUACCCCCUAUAUAUUCUCACUGCCCAAUUGCAGGCAGCUGCACAAGGAUUUGCAAGUGUCCUGGGAGGUUUUCGGGCCGCAGAUCACAUUUCAACUAUCCGGCCAGGUGGCUGCCAACGAUUACAUGUCCUUCGGCAUAUCCGGUUCGGAUGUGUCCAGUCAGAUGAUUGGCUCUGAUGUGGUGGUGGCCUACAUAGACGAAAUCAGAGGCUACACCGUGGACUACAACAUCACUUCGCUGGCGCCUUGCGUUCAGGUCUUGGGUCAAAACAAAGGAGUUUGCCGGGACGAUGUGGUCGGUGGAUUGGAUAGCUUCCAGUUGAAUACAUAUAGCCGCAAGGAUGGCAUCAAUACGAUUAGUUUCAGGCGGACCCUUAUUUCAUCUGAUAGUGGUGAUAAAGAGAUAUUUCUAGAUCGCAGCAACUACGUGGUUUGGGCCUUUGGCCAGUUGGAUUCCAACAACGAGCCCGCCUUUCACACUUACUAUCCCAAGAGCGAUAUCGUAAUAGAUUUUAACACCACGGAACCGGUCAACGAUUGCUUUGCAUUCACCAAGAAAAUGGAGACUCCGCCACCGCAGUUGUGGGAGCGAACCAGAAUCACAGAUGCAACUGUGCGCACCUUCAAUGCCUAUUUGGGACCCUCUGGAGGCCUUCGUGGCUAUCAGGGACUGACUGGUCAUGUUUCCAGUGGCCUGGCCUGGUACAUCAAUGGCUAUAUGAUCCCAGAGCUCUACCUAAAACGUGGUCUGACCUACACUUUCAAGGUCAGGGGUGGUAAUAACCCCCACUCCCCCGAGCACUACCAUCCGUUGGUCAUCACCGAUGAUCCUCAGGGCGGCUACGAUCGUUUGUCGGAUGCCAAACAAAGUGAGAUUCGUGUUUUGGCUGGCGUGGAGUUCACCAGAAGGGGCAGGCCCAAGCCCACGGCUGCUGGUCCGCUGUGCUUGUCCAGAUAUCCUCCUAGCUACGAUCGUCGUCUGGAUGAUAACUUCCCCACUUUCAAGAAGUUCAACCGAUCGCUGAUCACCGAGUGUGUGGAUGAGGCACCGGCUCUGUUGGAAAUCACACCGAAUAUCACUUGGCCGGAUACCGUGUACUACAACUCCUUUACCCACGGUAAUAUGGGCUGGAAGAUUCACAUCGUGGACAGCUACACCAAUCUGAGGAGUGGAGCAAAGGCCACCGUAUCCUGGUCCUUAUGCAUCAUCCUGCUGCCUUGGCUGGUGCUUCAGAACUGACUGUUUUCUUAGAUUCUCCUAUUUAGUGUCUUAGUCUAAAUUAAGCAGUCACAAUCUAUGUAUUUAAUACGCGUGUGUAGAAUGUAUGCUCAAUGUUGUGUAUAUUAUUAUUUAAAUGAUAUUUAUACAGAACUGUGUUGUACUUUAGAAUGAAA